AUGAAAGCUCUUAUUCUCGUUGGUGGUUUUGGCACUCGUCUUCGCCCUCUUACUCUCACCCUUCCCAAGCCCCUUGUUGAGUUUGCCAACAAGCCCAUGAUCCUUCAUCAGAUUGAGCAUUUGGCCAAGGCUGGUGUUACCGAUAUUGUAUUGGCUGUCAACUAUCGCCCUGAGAUUAUGGUGCGCGCACUUAAAGAAUAUGAAGAGCUCUACAAUGUCAAGAUCACCUUUUCGGUUGAGACUGAGCCUCUCGGCACUGCUGGUCCAUUGGCACUUGCACGCGAGAUCCUUGCCAAGGAUGAUAGUCCUUUCUUUGUGCUCAACAGUGACGUUAUUUGCGAUUAUCCAUUUGAGCAACUCCGUGAUUUCCACUUGAGCCAUGGCAACGAAGGUACCAUUGUCGUUACCAAGGUCGACGACCCUUCCAAAUACGGUGUCAUUGUCAAUCAUCCCGACUCUUCCCGCAUCGACCGCUUUGUGGAAAAGCCAAAGGAAUUCAUCAGCAACAAGAUCAAUGCUGGUAUCUACAUUUUCAAUCCUUCUGUACUUGAACGUAUUGAGCUCAAGCCCACUUCGAUUGAAAAGGAAGUUUUCCCCUAUGUUGCUCAAGAUGGUCAGCUGCAUACUUUUGAUUUGGAAGGAUUUUGGAUGGAUGUGGGUCAACCCAAGGAUUUCUUGACGGGUACUUGUUUAUACUUGAGCCAUUUGAGCAAGAACAAGCCUGAAGAACUUGCCAACCCUACCUUGGAUUAUGUCCACCACGGCAACGUCAUGGUCCACCCUACUGCAAAGAUUGGCAAGGGUUGUCGUAUUGGCCCCAAUGUUGUGAUUGGUCCUAACGUGGAAAUUGGUGAUGGUGUGCGUCUUCAACGAUGUGUGCUUCUCGAUAGCGCCAAGAUUAAGGACUAUGCUUGGGUUCAAUCUAGCAUCGUUGGCUGGCAUUCAUCCGUCGGUCGCUGGUCGCGAUUGGAAGGUUGCUCAGUAUUGGGUGACGAUGUCACUAUCAAGGAUGAAAUUUAUGUCAAUGGUGGUUCGAUCUUGCCUCACAAGUCGAUCGCAUCCAACAUCACGGAGCCACAAAUUAUCAUGUAA